AUGUCUCUUUCUUCCCUUCCUCAUUCGCAUGCUUCGUUCUUCCCUUCCUCAUUCGCAUGCUUUGUUCUUCCCUUCCUCAUUCGCAUGCUUCGUUCUUCCCUUCCUCAUUCGCAUGCUUCGUUCUUCCCUUCCUCAUUCGCAUGCUUCGUUCUUCCCUACCUCAUUCGCAUGCUUCAUUCUUCCCUUCCUCAUUCGCAUGCUUCGUUCCCUUCCUCUGCAUUCCUCGUUCCCUUCCUCUGCAUUCCUCGUUCCCUUCCUCUGCACUCCUCGUUCCCUUCCUCUGCACUCCUCGUUCCCUUCCUCUGCACUCCUCAUUCCCUUCCUCUGAUCUCCUCAUUACCUUCCUCUGCUGCACUCCUCAUUCCCUUUCCCCCUGCCCUCCUUAAUCCCUUUCUUCCCGUCCUUCGCAUUCCUCUUUCCCCCUGCCCUCCUUGUUCCCUUCUCCCUGCCCUCCGUAUUCCCUUCUCUGUCCCCGUUACCGAGCUCCUGUCCCACCCUCUCCCGCACCUCCCUCUGUUCACCACCCCUCUUCUCCCCUCUGCUCAUCUCUUGUGGGCGGGGGGUGAACUUCGGUUUGAGCCAGGCCCGUGGAGGACUUUCCCGGAGCGGUUUGGCUGGACUUGUCCAAACCAGCUGGUUUGGGCCAGGUUCGAUUCGGGCAGACCCGGAGCGGUCGGGGCAGACGCGGAAAGGUUGGGGCAGACCCGGAGCGCUCUGGGUGGACCUGUUGAGGCCCGCAAGUCUCGAAACAUGUCGGGGUUGUCUGGAGCAGGGGCCAAGGGGAGGGGCAAGGGGCGGGGCAAGAAAGGGGACAAGGGGAGGGGCAAGGGGCGGGGCAAGAAAGGGGACAAGGAGUGA